AAACAAGCACAGAUUACAAAAUGAAAUAAAGAAUAAAAUAAAACGCUGAAGAAAUCCAAUUAAUAGUAAAUCCAUUAAUAACUUCCAAAUGGUUACAACUCGGGAAUCCCGUAACUCAAGGACCCCUUAACCAAAAGUUACUAUUUAGAAUUUCAACCAAUUAAGUACUAAUAUCAACUGAAACAAAACUAAUAUCCUACUUUUAAGUAAAUAGAAGGAAUGGAUAAGUCCUCCAGCUGCGGAUCCUCAACCUUGAGACUUGACCUUCUACAACCUGAAAAAUAAAUCGCGGGUUAAACCCUACGAGCAAGUUCUCUCUACCAAGCCUCUGAAAACCAAUAAACAGAUCAUCUUUACCAAAACCAUCCCUAAUUAAGCUUUAACUUUAAUAUACGAUGCUACAAAUAUAUAUAAAUACUUAUAUAUAUAGUGCAAGAAUCCUACCAGUUAAUAGGGCAUUAAAUUGUCAAAACCACUCACCAAUAAUUAAUUAUUAGUCAUACCUAGACCAAGCCCCCCCCUUUUAUAAUUUUCUCAUAAAGUAAACCCCACUCACCUUAACUCCAUCCUAAACAGUAAUUUAGUCAUCUACACAUAUAGCAAUUUAAAUAUGCACCGGCAAAUCAACCAUACCAUUUAUAAAUAUAUUUAUUUAUAUACUAGCAAUUCAACCAUGCUUCUUUCAAUACCGGUAGUCUGUGGGCGGUUGGAGAAGGUUGCUGAAGGAGAUGUCAAACUUGGAAUUUCUGAGGUUGCUUUUGGUAAGCAUUUAGAGUUUGACACAAAUAUUGGAGAAGCAAGAGUAACUCAGUUACAUCAUAAGAAAAAAAAACACACACACACACACUGUUACAUCACAUCUCACAUAUUCAGCCUUUUGUUCCCCAUCUCUCUUGUUCGUCUACAUAUAAUCAUGUUCAGGGACAAAGAUAGCUCCAUUCUCAGACCUCCCAAACGAUUAAAAUUGGCUUUCACAGCCAUAUAUUUCAUAGUUUCUUUGUCCAAGAAGGUUUUCAAGAAAACCCGAUCUCUCACAGGUGUCAUUCAUAGCCCACCAUACAUUGCAAUCGACAUUCAACCCGUGAAUGAUGAUGACAAUGACAAUGACAACGAUCACGAUCACGUACCCUUUCUUGCCGACCUGGUUAAAGAGAGAGACUUUGAUCGUCUCCAUCAAUAUGGAGGAGUGAAGGAAGUUGCAGCCGUUCUUGGAACGGAUGCGGAGUCUGGCAUCAGUGGCAGCCAUGAUGAUACCAAGCACAUAAUUGAUGUGUUCGGUUCCAACACAUACAAGAAGCCUCCUGCUAAAAGCUUUAUCAGUUUCGUGCUAGAAGCAUUCAAAGACCCAACAAUUAUCAUACUCCUGGUAUGUGCAGUUCUCUCUCUUGGCUUUGGGAUUAAGCAGCAUGGCCUCAAGGAAGGGUGGUAUGAUGGAGGCAGCAUCAUUGUUGCUGUUGUGUUAGUUGUUGCAGUCUCUGCUAUCAGUAACUUCAAGCAGAGCAGACAGUUCGAGAAGCUGUCGGAGGAGAGCAGCGACAUAAAAGUGGAAGUGGUGAGAGAUGGGCGGCGACAACCCAUAUCAAUCUUUGAGGUUGUAGUGGGUGACAUUGUGUGCUUGAAUAUUGGUGAUCAGAUUCCUGCAGACGGAUUGUUCUUGGAUGGUCAUUCGUUGAAGGUGGACGAAUCUAACAUGACUGGUGAAAGCGACCAUGUUGAAGUCAAUGAGGCCACGAAUCCAUUUCUGCUUUCUGGUACGAAGGUGACAGAUGGCUACGGUCACAUGCUUGUCACUGCAGUAGGCAUGAACACAGAAUGGGGCCAGAAGAUGAGCUCCAUAAGCUGUGAAUUGGACAAGCAGACAUGGUUGGAAGCCGGCGUCAACAAGCUGAAUUCUUAUAUGGAGAAAUCAGCUUUGUUGAUCGCUUUUCUCCUCCUCGUGGUUUUGUUGAUUCACUGUUUGACAGGACACACUAACGACCAAAGCGAGCAACCGGAUUUGAAUGACAGCAUCAAGACCAAACCGGUGAUGAGAUUCCUGAAAACUGUUAUUGAUUUUUAUAGCAUUGUUGCAGCAAUGACAGUAGUUGUGUUGGCAGUCCCAGAGGGUUUGCCUUUGGCUCUUUCUCUGACUCUGGCUUAUUCGACGAAGAAAAUGAUGGAUGGCAUUGCCACGAUCAGGAAACUCUCUGCCGGUGAAACAAUGGGUUCAGCUACAACAAUCUGCACAGACAAAACAGGCACGCUUACAUUAAAUCAGAUGAUGGUGACUGAGUUUUGGCUGGGAAAAGAGGAACUGAAGGGGACAAUUACAUCAUCAGAAUUAGACCCUAAUUUUGUUGAAUUGCUACAAGAAGGUAUUGGUUUAAAUACAACAGGAGAAGAUUAUCCAUCAUCAGUACUAUCUACUUCAACUCCUGAAAUUUCUGCUAGUCCAACUGAGUCGGCCAUUCUCUCUUGGGCCGUGUUCAAUUUGGAUAUGGAUCUCGAUCAGCUAAAGAAAGUUAAUGAUAUUCUCCACGUAGAAGCUUUCAAUUCAGAGAAGAAACGGAGUGGGGUUCUGGUGAGGAGAAAUGGUGGAAAGAAAGUUCAUACACAUUGGAAAGGGGCAGCAGAGAUGAUUCUGGCAAUGUGCUCAAAUUAUUACGUGAGAAGCGGGAGGAUCAUUGCAAUGGAUGAUUCAGAGAGAGUGCAGUUUGAUAUAAUUAUUAAAGAUAUGGCGGCAAAAGGCCUGCGAUGCAUUGCGUUUGCAUGCAACAAAGCCCAAGGAGAUAGUUUGCAGGCCAAUGAAAAGGUUGAAGAAACGGGAAUGACAUUAUUAGGGCUGGUGGGUUUGAAGGACCCAUGCAGGCCAGGUGUUGGAGCAGCAGUACAGUCAUGCAGGGAUGCUGGAGUGAAAAUCAAAAUGAUCACUGGUGACAAUAUGUCCACUGCAAAAACUAUAGCUAUUGAAUGCGGAAUUCUCAAACCGAAUGAAGAUUCAGAUGAUGCAAUAGUAGAAGGUGUAACAUUCAGAAAUUACUCACAAGAAGCGAGAAUGUUAAAGGUCGAGUCUAUCCGUGUAAUGGCCAGAUCAUCCCCGUUUGACAAGCUUCUGAUGGUGCAAUGUUUGAAGCAGAAAGGCCACGUGGUAGCAGUCACAGGCGAUGGAAACAACGAUGCACCCGCACUGAAAGAAGCAGAUAUUGGGCUCUCCAUGGGGAUCCAAGGCACAGAAGUGGCAAAAGAGUGCUCAGAUAUCGUCAUCUUGGACAAUAACUUUACUUCAAUACUGACUGUAUUGAAGUGGGGGAGAUGUGUGUAUAAUAAUAUCCAAAAGUUCAUUCAAUUCCAACUCACUGUCAAUGUCGCUGCCCUAGUCAUCAACUUUGUCGCUGCACUAUCAUCUGGUGAAGUCCGACUUGCAGCAGUCCAGCUGUUGUGGGUGAAUCUCAUAAUUGAUAUUUUGGGGGCUUUAGCCUUCGCCGCUGAGCAAUCCACUAAUGAUGUCAUGAAAAAGCCACCUGUGGGACGAAAUGAACGGCUUAUAACAAGAGUGAUGUGGAGGAAUUUAAUUUCUCAGGCCUUGUAUCAGGUCACCGUUUUACUAACCUUGGAGUUCAAGGGAAACUCUAUCUUUCGCGUGAACAAGAGGGUUAAGGACACACUCAUUUUCAAUAGUUUUGUUCUCUGCCAAGUUUUCAAUGAGUUUAAUGCGAGGAAGCUGGAGGAGAAGAACAUAUUUAGGGGAAUACUGAAGAACAAACUGUUUCUAGGGAUCGUUGGGAUGACAGUAGUUCUUCAAGUGGUUGUGGUGGAGCUUCUUAAAAGGAUUGCUAAUACUGAAAGGCUGAAUUGGGGGCAGUGGGGUGCAUGCAUUGGGAUUGGUGCAUUGUCAUGGCCGAUUGGUUGGCUUGUCAAGUACAUUCCAGUCUCCAGCAAGUAUGGAGCUUCUAAUCCUGAGGAGGAUUAAACAGAUAUAGUGUGCUUGGUUUUUAUUUUUUAUUUUUGGAAAGGUGUGUGCUUGGUAUAUAUGUUGAGGUGGAUAUGACAGGAACGCAGUACUUAGAGCAUCUCUAAUGCUCUUAAGUACAUUCCAGUCUCCAGCAAGUAUAGAGCUUCUAAUCCUGAGGAGGAUUAAACAGAUAUAGUGUGCUUGGGUUUUUUUUUUUUUUUUUGAAAGGUGUGUGCUUGGUAUAUAUGUUGAGGUGGAUAUGACAGGAACGCAGUACUUAGAGCAUCUUUAAUGCUUUUUCAUUUUAAGU